AUGUCCACUCAAACACACGAUGAUGCGGGCGGAGGCGCGUUGGAACAGAAACUCUCAGUUCAGAAGGAGGUAGACCAGGCGCUGACAACUAUGGAUGAAACAUCAAAUGGAGAAUCUCUGGACAUGACUCUUGAUCCUGAAAAAGAAAGAAAACUGUUGUUGAAGUUGGAUUUCGCAUUCGUGCCAAUCAUCAUGCUUGCCUACCUUUCUUGCUUUUUAGAUCGGUCUAAUAUUGGCAAUGUCAAGGUCGCUGGAAUGCCUGAGGAUAUUCAUGCCUCAGAUAGCGAGUUUUCAACAGCCAUUUCUAUAUUUUAUGCACCUAUAAUCAUAUGGAAAUCUAGCGCCAGGAAAAUUUCCUUUCUUGGAUGA